AUGGAUUUUAAAGCACGACUUCUAGAGUACAUGCCCAAUGGAAGCCCGGAGCAAUGGUCACAUUCUGAUGAUUACUUCUUGAAUAUGACCCAAAGAUUAGACAUAAUGAUCGAUGUUGCAUUUGCUUUGGAAUAUCUCCACCAUGGUUAUGCAACAGUUGUUGUACAUAGUGACUUGAAGCCUAGCAAUGUCUUGCUAGACGAAAGAGACGGGGAAUCAAUUGCUCAUACUAAUACACUUGCUACAGUGAGCUAUAUUGCACCAGACCUAGCCUUCCAAAGUUUCCAACAGAUAAAAGCAGCCAUGAUGGAUGCGCAUAUAUCUUCAUCUGAAUUCAUGGCAAAAACAUCCAAGUUAGGAAUUAUACCCAGAGAGGUUGGGAGUCUUCAGAAAUUAGAGAGACUCUAUUUGCAGUAUAAUAAAUUAAGUUCUUCCAAAUCGGAUGAGCUCUUCCAAUAUCUCUACGCUAAGAUGGAUGUCACUUGCUUUCAAUAA